ACACUGCAAAUGUGGCACAAGACGGUGACCCCGCGAACGUCAACAAGAUGGAUAUUACACCACUUUUCAAAGCAUCUGUUAAAACAGUUCGAACGAGAAAUAAAGCUCUGGGAACUGGUCAAGAGAGCACCAAGAAUUUAAUUUUUAAAUCUAGCCGUCCAAAAACGGAAUUUUCUACCAAAUCUAAAGAAAUGGUUGUUGCCAUAACUAAGUUGAAAGACUUCUUAAUAAAAUAUAGAAAAGAUUAUAUUAACCCAUCAAGUCAUUUAAAAUCCGAUGCAAGUUCUAUGACGGAAGCUGACCGCGAUAAGAUAGAUGCUGAUGCUCAAGUCUUUAUGAAGACAUGUUUAGAUGCCAUCCGAUCGUUCAAGCAAGAAGCCAUGAAGCAGGAGUUAACAGAAGAGGUAAAGAUGCACAGAGAAGCUACAUUUGAGCUUUUGGACUCUUACUUAAAAGGUGUGUGCAAACUCUACAGCGAACAGAGGGCGCUACGUGUCAAGAAAGUUGUAGACAAAAAAAGAAUAUCUCGGUUGGAAUCUCUCAAGCUGAAAAACAGUAAAGCAAAUUUCACUUCAUCAUUUGAUUCUAGAAACAAAUUAACAAGCUCUAAAGCAGAGUCAGCGAAUGAAGUAAAUGAAGAUUAUUCAGAAAGUGGGCUAUCUCCUGAAGAAAUUGAGAUGUUUCAGCAAGAAAACCAGAUGAUGCUACAGGAGAGGAAUAACCUAGAUGAAGUCAGGGAGCUUGAAUCAAAAGUUGUGGAUAUUGCAGCAUUGCAAACAGUUUUUAUGGAUGAGGUUGUUAAACAGGACGAGGUCAUUGAGCAAGUUAGAGAGAAGGCGGUAACAUCAACAGAGAACAUAGAGGGUGCUACUGAAGCUAUUAGAGAAGCUAUCAAGAAUAAUGCAAGUCUUCGAGUUUGGGUUUUAUUUUUUCUGUUCAUGUGUUCAUUCACACUAUUAUUUCUUGACUGGUACAACUGAUAUUGUGAAGAUAUUACAGAGAUUUGAAAUGCUAGUACAGUUGCGUUCGUGGAUAGUAUUUUUCUAUACAACAGCAAAGCAAACUGUGGAGGAACAUUAAUGUAUUCCAAUGUAAUUUUAAUAAUAAUAAUAAUAAUAAUAUGUCGUUCUUAUAUAGCACUUCAUGCACAAAGCCUCUAAGCGCUUCACAUUACUACCCCGGUCAUUGGAUCACAUACUCAAGACCAAAUUAACUUAUUAAAUUAAAUUAUUAUUCCAUCAUAUUGCAGCUAGUAAUCAGUGCAGUUGUGUUGGAACCUACCAGGUACCCACUUGUACUCCUGGGUGAAGAGAGGCAACCGUAGAUUAAGUGCCUUGCCCAAGGACACAAGCGAUUUGCACAGCGAGAGUUUUGAACCCCCAACAUCGAGGUUAGGAGUCCAAGCCACAACCAAUGCGCCAACCACUUCUACUAAUAAGCAAAAUGUUUACAAUCAAUUAUAUUACAAAUCGACAACAUAAAUCUAUAUGAAAUUACAAAUCAAAAAAAGUGUAGCACUAAAAUUUAAAGAUGACCACUUGCUUUUUAAGGAUGCCAGAUAACAUCCCAGCUAAGGUCCCCCCGAAAAGGAAUUCAUAGGAAAGUAAAAUAAAAAAAAUCAUGGAUCGCUAAAACCACAAAGGAAGUUUCUAUUAAUGUAGACAGUAGGGACUUGGUUCAUAGAGCAUUAUUUCACUCUGUCACCAUUGGAUUAGAAUGAAAUAAUUUAAUUAUGAAUCACAAGUAACACAAGAGGUGAGGAACAGUAAAUAUUUCUCUUUGUUUUUUUAUAGAGCAUUGUUACAACCUUUUGUAUAUCGCCAUUGGAUGACAAUGAAAUAAAUUAAUUAUGACUCAAGUAAACACAUGAGGUUGCGGUGUGUUGUUGUUGUACAGUAAAUAUUAAACAUCAUAAUGCUUCCAAAAUCCAGUGCAUUGCCUGUUUUUAUUAUGCAGAGCAAAGGGCAGAUGUGCUGCUUACAUUAUUAGCACCAGAGAUUCCCUGCUGAGGGGUAAAGUGAGCUAAUGGCAAGAAUGGGCACCACUAAAUGCCCCUCACACUGUAAAAUUACUUUUCCAAAGGGUCUUAUUUUCUGAUGGGUAGUGCAAGGUUCCACCGGGUUGCCACGGUUGCUGAGGCUUGUGAUACCCAGCGGGCACUGACAUCCGUGAGACAAUUGAUAAUAAAGCAGAGAAAACAUGCAAAUAUUAUGCAUUUGCGGAAGACAGGUUAUUUUCCAGGAGCUCCUUGAUUUCCGGGAAGCUUCUGUGUUGGGGGGGGGGGGCUUGGGACUUCUGUGUGCAACAUCCCACUAGGGUGGUACAGAUGCAGGUAGAGGAGGCCUUAUCAAGUAGGCCUUGAGGGUAAAUUUAAUCAUGAAUAUAAAAUCAUUUGUGUACAUACCCUGUUGCUACAACAAUCAUGGAACAUUACAAGUAAACACAAGAGGUGUGGUAUGUCAAACAGCAAAUAUUUCUCUUUGUAUUUUUAUAGAGCAUUGUUACAUCCUUUUACUACAUAUCGCCACUGGAUGACAAUGAAAUAAAUUAAUUAGAAAUCAAGUAAACACAUGAGUGCGGUGUGUUGUACAGUAAAUAUUAAACAUCAUAGGCUUCCAAUAUCCAGUGCAUUGCCUGUUUUUAUUAUGCGGAGCAAAGGGCAGAUGUGCUGCUUACAGUAUUGGCACCAGAGAUUCCCUGCUGAGGGGUACAGCGUCCCCAUCAUGUUACAUGUUAGGCCAACCAUGAUCGUUGCUGAGGUGAGCAAAUGAUAAGAAUGUGCACCUCUAAAUGCCCAUCAUACUUUAAAAUUACUUUUUUAAAGGGUCUUAUUUUCUGAUGAGUAGUACAAGUUUCCGUGCCCUCCAUGACACCCCGCCAGUGGGAUAACACUGUUGCCGAGGUAAUAAAAAAAUGUACCACUACAACGAUUUGCCAACUAAGCUGAAAGGGAAUAGAUUGAUUAGCAAUGGUUCUUUCAAUA